UACAACCGUUGAGCUGAAAGGGGACCAACGCGGGGCCGCAGUUAGGGACGACCGUCGAGAGUGGCGUUGAACGAUGCGCGACUGAAAGGCGUAUUGCUCGCUCGUCCACCCGAAGCCGGCCUGCAGCUGGACGACGCCGUUGGUCGGACGCGUCUGGGUACUAACAGCAGCAGCUCACGGUGUAGGCAGUAACGACUCAUCCGCUUAGUUGCCAGCGUGGUUGUCUAAUCAUCUGCGUGACCGCGCUUCGUCAGCCAGCCGUUGAACUGCGGCGAUGACGAUCCGCUUCAUCCUGCUGGUCAACAAGCAGGGCCAAACCCGCGUCGCGCAAUAUUAUGAGUACAUGCGGCUCGAGGAGCGGCGCGCCUUAGAAGGCGAAAUUGUGCGCAAGUGCCUCGCGCGAUCUGAGCAGCAGUGCUCGUUUGUGGAGCACCGCAACUACAAGGUCAUCUACCGGCGCUAUGCGUCACUCUUCUUCCUAGUGGGCGUGGACGGCGAAGAGAACGAGCUGGCGGUGCUGGAGUUCAUUCACUGCAUUGUGGAAACCAUGGACCGAUACUUUGGCAACGUGUGCGAGCUGGACAUCAUGUUCCACCUGGAGAAGGCGUACUUCAUUUUGGACGAGAUGGUGAUGAACGGGUGUGUCAUGGAGACCAACAAGCUCAACAUCCUCGCGCCCAUCCAGCUCAUGGACAAGUCCUCGUAGCGCAAGGCCUCCAAGCACAACCUGUGUGUGUUGGGUCCAUUCACUUGGUAUCUGUGUUGGCUGGCUUCGUUGCAUGUUUAUAUUCGCUUUCGUAACAGACCCUUUUGUGUAGUGAAGCGCUGGCUACGUUGUACAGAACUUGGUUCCAGAGAAAUGCCGAGUGUCUUGGCACUCAUAUACAGGACAAAGCCUUGAUGAACACUACUGUCCAGUGAACGGUUGCACUUGCACUGCACUGCCAUUUACUCAAUACA